AUGCAUUUCUCAACCCUCUUCCUCUCGACCGCCCUCAUGGCCGCCGGCAGCGUUCUCGGCGCUCCCCCCGCUCCCCUUGCCGAGCGCACGCCCGUGGCCGAGUCCAUCGUCAACGCGACUGCGCUUGGUAUCGACGUGUACGGCGCCAUCCCCGAGGACGCCGUCAAGGUCGCGGACGGUCACUACACCGCCGAGCCGGGCACCAACGCGUGGGCCUGGAUCCGCGCCCAGAUCGACCUUCCGGACACGGCCCACACCCGCAGCGAGAACGAGAAGCGCCAGUGGGCCAACAUUGGCAUCGGCAUGUUUGCCCAAGACUGGUGCAACGGCCAGUCCUCCUGGUUCGACAACGUGCAGUACAAUGUGCACCACGUCGACGCCGUCAACAUGUUCAGCGUUGGUAUCAGCUACCGUGGUCUCCGCGGCAACGAGCAGCUUGAUUUCAGCAGGCGUUCAGGCAACGGCGACUUGUGCGGACAGUACCUCUACUCUGCCCAGCCCAACACCCCCAUCGGUUGCUUCAACUCCCAGCUCAUCAACUGUUUCAACCUCAAGUUCAGGUGA